UUAAGGGUCUGAUGAUGAAGACGAGGGACAGUGAAGAGAACUCCUCGACGGCUCACAGUAGCUACCUUGUGUUUGGACUUGAUAAUUUUGUAUUGAUAAGAACUUUCCACUUAGAUAGGUUGUGACUGUACACACGCAGUAGGUGUGCUAACACUAAAAAUAAAAAAAUAAAAAUUUUAAUAAAAAAAAUUCAACCGACUUCCAAGUCAAAAAAUAACUUUAACUAAAAAGCAAAAAAUAACAUCCUACCUAUGUGCUACCUUCUGAUCAGUUUGAAGGCGGUGCCAAGCCAGUGUCGUGUUUUAAUUAAAGCUGUUUCUGAAAGAACCACAUAAAUUUUGUAGUUAAAACGUGUUUAAUUAAAACAUCACUGGCUUGGCACCGCCUUCAAACUGAUCAGAAGGUAGCACAUAGGUAGGAUGUUAUUUUUUGCUUUUUAGUUAAAGUUAUUUUUUGACUUGGAAGUCGGUUGAAUUUUUUUUAUUAAAAUUUUUUAAAAUUAAGGAUUGACACUCAGUGUCAUAAUAAAAAUGUAUUUCUACAUGUCAAAUUGUGUCUAUGAAUUUCUAAGCAAAAUAUUUUUUCAAAAUAAUGUAUAAAUUUAUUGUACCUAACCAUAGUAGGGCCAUAUUUGUUACAAAGAAUAAAAUAUAUCAUAAAUUAUGUAUAUAGCCCUAAAGUGGCUGCUUGGCUUGGUUUUAAUUAUGUGGACUGGACUGUGUUUGAUGGACUUGUAUGUAAAAAAUAAUGGAUUUACAUAUUUAAGAGGUUAGUACAGAGAAUGCUCUACACAGAGCCUUUACUGGGAAGUCUGAAUGUUUGCAUGGUCUAGUGGGUCUAACUAGUUAUAUUUAGAAUUAUUGGUAACGAAAAUUAUACCUAAAGGCCUUUAAAUAUAGUUCAAUAUUUAAUAAAAUCCCAAAAUCAGAGCAAAGUCAACCUUAAGUAUGGAGUUAAGGUUGAAUUUGCAAAUGCGACUACUUGAGUUGAGUACCAAAAAUUUGUGUCUGGCACUCAUUGACUGGGGACAUUUUUUGGUUGCUGAUUAUGCAUCUACUUUUUAAUAGGAGAUUGUUGAUUAAAUGGGAUGAUUAUACCUAUCUUUCUAUUUGGCUUGCUGGGCUCUACUUGGUAUAACUACUAUUUAACAAAAAUAAAUGUCUGCACUUUGUAAUGGAAUCAAUAUUUCCGUUUUCAGAAUUUAACCAGUUGAAUUAUAAAGUGGUACCUAAAUCGAAAAAUUCUAGUGCCGCAGUUCAACAGAACAGAUCAAAAGAAAAAGAAAAGGAAUUUACUUUAUUUUCAUUUCAAUGCAAUAGUUUGAUUUCACAAUACGUUACUUUUGUGGCUGGUGCGUGUUUGAUGUUUAUAUAUUACAGAAAGAAUGACUUUUUGCUGUACGCUAAAAGGAAAAUAAAAACAAUUAAUAAGUACGAAAUUAGAAAACAUUUGCGGGUGAUUAAAAUUUUUUCUAAUACCGCCGCCGUCGCCAUCAAUUUACUUUGUGUUGCCAUUUUAAGGAUUAUGGAGAACAGUAAGGGUAUUUUUAAACAAAUAAAAUUUCAAUUAUCAGAAAAAUAUAAUCAACAUUCAACGUUAUAUUCCCAUAAUGUUAAUUUACUUUUACUGAAUAAAUUAAGGGAAUAUAGCCAGGAACGCAAGAACAUGGGUCGAGUGAUAAUAGCUGCCAUUCAGGAAAAUAAAGAUAUAAAAAUGCGAUAUCAAUUGGAGAUGUUGGCCAAAAAUCGACUUGCGAAGCACAUAGAGGAUACACAAAAACAAGUAAAAGAAAACAAAUCCCGCUAUCUGAACUUCCAACAACUGUAUUUAACAACACACCAGGAGAAUAUCUUUUUAAAAUCGCGCAUUAAAAAGCUAGCUCUAGACAAAGAAGACGCAGAGAAAAAUCUAAUGAAAUUGGUUAAUCAUGUUUGGCGAUCCAAAAAUAAUGAACUGAAAGCAUAUUGCACUCGUUUCAUUGUAGGUACCAAAAAUAAUUUGCUUAAUUCUGAUGUAAGAGCAGAGAUCGAUCAGUUUCUUUCUCAGUCCUGUAAAAUCACACAAAGGCAUAACGAUCAAGUAUCUAGAAAGACGCAUUACCUCGAUACUAUCAAGGAAGUUAACGAAAAUUGUUAUGAAGAAACUGAAAGGACUUUAAUGAAAGAUGCUCCAAAAUUAACCGAUCUCUCUGGUGUUUGGGCAGUAAAAGAUAAAGACGGUUUUAUAGAAAGAUUAUAUGAGUACGGAACAGAUUUGAAUAAUGGUGACACUGUUAAAAGAAUAAGGCAGUAUUCAGUAUAUUUCGAUAAAGACUGCUUCUUGAACGUCUCUAGCUCUACUACUAAAAUUCAGAGUACAAAUAUCAAUUUCACAAGUUUGUAUUAUCCAGGCAUGGAAAAACGCAUAACUGGAUCUGAAGCUUUUCAAAAGUUUUUAGAAACUAACAAAAUUAUUGUAUUACCUAAUUGCACCUCAUCCUUGGUUCAGCCUCCGUUAAUUUAUUAAAGUUUUAUAAAAUGUAGUUUUAUUUGUAAAAAAUGUAUGUUUAAAGAAAAUAAUAUACCUUUGAUUUAUAUCUUCUAAAAAUAUUAUAUAAAACAACAUGCAUUUACUACUAGUGGACCCAGCCAAGCUUCGCUUUGAAUAAGUGUGCUUCUUCGUUACCCCUACCCUAACCUACGCUUCGAAUCUUUAACCUACGAAUCUUUUAAUUUAACAUUUUAAAGAGAUAAGACUUGUUUUUUGUUUGUUUGUUACGAAUAUAGGCUCCAAAAGUAAGAGAACUUUCUCAUGGAAAGCGUUAUUAUCAGCGAGUAACAUUGGCUAAGUAUAUUUUAUUCCCGUAUGUGUUCCCACGGGAAUGGGAAAUACGCUACUGCUAAUGGGUUCAACCAGCUCAUAAAUAAUUUUGUAAUCCUUUUAUUACGGUAAAUU